UGCGGGUUAAAGGGAAUGUCCUGUAGAAAGCGGGCUUUUUUCCUCGAUACAGAGGCUGCAGAGGCUGCUGAAGCGGGAGGGUUGCGAGGGGCGUGCGGUGCGGUGGGGGAGCCGCGCACAGGCGUAGCUGGGAAUAUUCCCAGCAUUGGGGUUUUCAGCCAUUUUUGCCUCAAAGACGUUUCCAGGUGCCUUGCGUCGAGCGGCUGGAGUAUUGGAGCAUCUUUAACUGUCUGGAGCGGAGAAAUCGGACAGCUGAUAAAAGUGGCUACCACUAUGAUAACUACCUUGUUUUGCAACAUGAUAUUUCUGCUGGCAUUUGGAUUGGCUUCAGCGUUUAGCCACAGCCCUAGAAUGCCUGACAGGGUUACUGAAGCAGAUAUACAAAGGCUCCUCCAUGGGGUUAUGGAGCAGUUGGGCAUUGCCAGACCCCGUGUAGAAUAUCCAGCACACCAGGCUAUGAAUCUUGUUGGUCCACAGAACAUUGAAGGUGGUGCACAUGAGGGUCUCCAGCACUUGGGUCCUUAUGGCAAUAUCCCAAACAUUGUGGCUGAGCUGACAGGUGAUAAUGUACCAAAGGAUUUCAGUGAAGAUCAAGGCUAUCCUGACCCUCCAAAUCCCUGUCCUAUUGGAAAAACAGUUGAUGAUGGGUGUCUAGAAAACACCCCUGACACAGCAGAGUUCAGCAGGGAAUACCAGCUGCACCAACACCUUUUUGAUCCAGAGCAUGACUACCCCAACAUGGGCAAGUGGAGCAAGAAUUUACUCUUUGAAAAGAUCAGUCGUGGUCCAAAAAGAAGAAAGAGGAGUGUGAACCCCUAUCUGCAAGGACAGCGACUGGAUAAUGUUGUAGCAAAGAAGUCUGUUCCACAGUUUUCGGAUGAAGACAAAGGUCCUGAAUAAGUACAGUAAAAAUGAAAGAUAAAAACUCAUGCCAUCCCCUGCUAGACUGUAAUAUUGCUUAUAUAUAAUCAUCUAUGAAAAUCCUUGUGAAUGGCAGCAUGCUUAUUAUUUAUACGACUGUAGAUGAAAAACAGCUGUAUUUAUAACAGUAUGUUCUAGAUAAGAAAAAUAUGGUUCUGCUUUUUGUUAAGUUACGGUAAAAGGACAUUUCUGUUGUUUUUAUUUUAGUCAUGGAGCAAACUUUAAAAAUGUUAGUCAUUUUAAUAGCUAACGUGAGGUAAAUGGUCCUAAUGAGCAGCUUGUAAAUAGAAAGAUGAAAAAAUGCCCAAUCUGACUCCAGCAUUUAAUCUUAAAUGUUACUAUGUUUGACACAUGAAAAUUUUAGUUUUAUGUUUUGUUCGCAAAUAUUGUUACUUAGCAAAGACAAAGUAUUUAUUUUACCAGAGAAUUUUGGCUUUUGGUCAUUUUAAUAAACAUUUAAGCAAUCUACAAGGUUUGCAAAGUGACGUUUCCAAAAUAUUUCAGAGGCUCAUUUGUCUCUGUUAUUUCUGUGCAAAUUUAAAAAUUAAAGAACUGCUUUUUGACUCUAUUCACUGGAAUAUUUUUCUGUUAGUUUUAAUCAUUCCUUAACUUUCCUGAACACUUGCACAUCUUUCUUCUUUAUCAAUGAAACUGUUAUGUUGAAUCUCCCCCACAGUUCUUUGUCUGAGUAACAGCAGCAUUUGUGCAUUAUAGUGUUCUUAAAUUAUGCUUCCAGGGGAUAUUAUAAAUGAAGAUGGAGACAUUUGUCUGUGUUAAUAAGGUUGUAUCAACAACCUCUGAAUCUAAAUCCAGGCUAUGAAGGUCAUUACAGUUGAUCUUCUGAAAAAUUAUGCUACUCUAAUAACACUGGUAGCUAUCAUUGCUCUUAAAGUUGUUCCAGGAAGCUUAAAUUGCCCUUUUGCCCCUAGGAGGUUGAAGAACUUUGUAUUCCAGAGUUUUCCCUUUCUGAAAGAGGAGAAUAUAAAAUUACCUAAAAUUUUUUAUUUUUAGAAUACAUCUGAAUAUUUAAAGCCAUGUGCACGAAGCAUUGGAAUUACGGAAAAGAACCUUAAUUUACAGCUUUGAACUUGAAAUCUGUGGAAAAAGAAGUAGUUUCCUUUCCCAUCCUACAGAAAAACACAGUAAAAUAAUGAUGACACCUUAGAAAACAAACAGAUAAGGAACUAAAGUUCCUAGCUACACAAGAUUAAAGUUAACAGGAUGGCACAUAUAUGACUGUCAAUAGCAUUUGCUUUUUUUGUCCCACCACUUGGUAAUAAAUUAUGUAUGUAGAGAGUUGGCCCUCUCAUGUCAUCUAUGGGUAGAUUGUAAAACUGUGUGAUAUUUUAGGAUGAACUAUCAUGUCUUUCAUCAUAGAUCAUUUUUUAAAAAAAUCUGGAAGAGAAGACUAAAUAGUAUGUAAUGCAGUGGGGUUUAUACUCGCACAUGACACAAAAUUGAGGAAUUUCUAUGAAUCACAGAGCUGCCUCCUACUGGCUGGAAUACGAUGGGAGCAAUUCAUGUGACAGAACUUGAAAUCUCUGCUCCUUAAGCCUACUGUUUUUAUCUGCACUCCUGCUUAGUCUUCACCCAGGUUUUGAGAGUUGCAAACUUGCAAAGGUUGUCUCCAAAAUCAGCAAAAAGUAUAUAUAUGCUGUAUAUAUAUAUAAAUAUAUAACUAUAUAUAUAUAUAGCUGUAUAUAUAACUAUAUAUAUAUAUCUAUCCUUAUUAGCUCCAAUAAAAUCCAUUUUAAUCACAAAAGUGAAGCAACCAUAAUGGCAAUUAAUUCCAUUUUUUAAGCUCUUAGUAAGGACCAGUAUAUAGUAAAAGAAGGUAUUUAUGGUAAAUAGGGGGCUUAAAAACAGAGGGGCAAAGAAACAUUGUUUGCUUAAUAGUAUCAGUGAUCUCACAUCUAAUUUCUUGAAGUACUUUAGGCCACUACACCAUUUCUGGGGAUGAUGUGAUAAUCCAGAACAGCAAACUGGCCAGAACAGGAGUCUUUGGAUUCUGCCUGUGACCUGGGUGGGGCCAGAGGAGCUGUCCUCCUGUGUAUGAUAGGUCUGCACAGCACAGGCAAAGGAAAAAUAUCACAAUUCAGAGGUGAUUUUUGUCUUUAAAUGCAAACAAAAAAAA